AAUCCGUUACAUUUUGGUAAUUUACUAUCUUCCCUUUCCUGUAUAAAGUCUCUGCCAAAGGGAAGAUGCUGUGCAUUGUGCGUUAGUGUUACGAAGAGCUAAGGAUUUGUUUGGUGUUAUCUAUUUUGAAUUUCUGAUUUCUAAAAUCUGUGAGAAUGGCUACUUCAUCUGAGGAAGGACAAGUGAUCGGCUGCCACAAGGUUGAGGAGUGGGAGGCGCAGCUCCAGAAGGGCGUGGAGACCAACAAACUGGUGGUGGUGGAUUUUACUGCUUCCUGGUGCGGCCCUUGCCGUUUUAUUGCCCCAAUUCUUGCUGAAAUUGCUAAGAAGACGCUCCAUGUUAUAUUCCUCAAGGUUGAUGUUGAUGAACUGAAGGUACGUCUGCGAUCAGAUUUUGCAUCAAUUUAUACUCGUUCUUUGACUAAUGUAAUCAGUGAUUGUGAUAGUAAAUUGCGGUAACCUUUCUUGCAGAAAGUUGCAGAGGAUUGGAAAGUGGAGGCAAUGCCUACCUUCCUCUUCAUUAAAGAGGGGAAAGAAGUGGAUAGGGUGGUUGGUGCCCAUAAAGACGGAUUGCUUAAGACCAUAGAGAAGCAUGGUGCUGCUCCUGCUAUUGUGACUGCUUGAGCCUUAAUCAAGGAGAUGAUAUUAUAGUAUUUAGUCUUGUCUUUUGUAAUAACUCUGGAUGGUUGUAUGUUUUAUUAUCCACCAUGUUUUUACUGCUUUCUUGAAAGAUUUGUAAUGUUGGUGCUUGGAAUCUGACAUUUGUGCAUAUGGUGUUUACUGGUUAAGGCUAUAUGCCCAUUUCUAUCAAAAGACUCUUUUCCCA